ACGUCCUCCCCUUGAUUCUUUAUUGGUUAACAUGAUCCAGUUCAGUGGUUUCAUAGUUCGCAGUUGUAUGUACCAUCAACGUUAUCACCUGACAAGUGAACCAGCAAACUAAUCCGUAAAUAACAGUACAUGACAGUAUCGAUUUCUUGAGCACAACAAUUCAAACAAAUCAACAGUAUCCAGUUGAAGAUGGUCUAAAAAUUGACUGAAAUUGUAACAAAGCCCAGUUAAGAUGCCUCCAGCGACGACCGAGGAUGCCGAGCAUUCCACGAAGCACCCCGACGGGGACGGUGCAGGCGCCACCGAAGAAGAGAAAAAGGACGACCGGACGUUCGAGUGCAACAUUUGCCUCGACACGGCCCGAGACGCCGUCGUCAGCAUGUGCGGACACCUGUUCUGCUGGCCGUGCCUCCACCAGUGGCUGGAGACCCGCCCCAACAGGCAGGUCUGUCCGGUGUGCAAGGCGGCGAUCAGCAAGGAGAAGGUGAUCCCGUUGUACGGGCGCGGCAGCACGAAGCAGGAGGACCCGCGGGAGAAGGUGCCCCCGCGGCCCGCGGGCCAGCGCACGGAGCCCGAGCCGGGCUCGACGUUCCCGGGCUUCGGCUUCGGCGGCGACAACGGCUUCCACAUGUCGUUCGGCAUUGGCGCUUUUCCGUUCGGGUUUUUCACGUCGACGUUCAAUUUCGGGGACGCUAGGCCCAGCCCGGCCCCCAGGGGGACGCAGCAGCACAUGGAGGAGCAAUUCCUGUCGAAGCUUUUCUUGUGGUUGGCGGUGAUGUUCAUAGCUUGGCUCAUCCUGGCGUAAACAUAUUCAUAAUGGUGGCUUUCUUUUAAAGAGGACUGUUAUAAUUCGAAACAAAUCUUUGUACAUAAUAAAAUUUCUGUGGAAAGUGAUACUUUAUUGUUAAUUUUAUCAAUAUUAGUCGAGUAAAGUUUAGUUCUUGAAGUAUGUAUAUGAAUUUGUUACAGAGGUAUAAAUAUAAAAUUGUGGAUAACUUUUUA